CGUCUUGCUUCAUCAAUGUAUUAAUAUAAAUAAUAAAUAUCAUUAUUAAAGAAUUACAAAUAUAUAGCCAAAAAAUGCAGGAUUUUACAAGCAUCCUAAACAUUAUAUUCAUAAUAAGCGGAGGCGUUUUGACCUUUGUAAUCUUGUUCAUAUUUGCUAAAAGACAAAUAACAAGGUUCGCUUUAAGAUCUCGGAGAGGACCUCAUGUACCAAUAGGAGCUGAUGCAAAAAAGUGUUUGAAAAGGGAAAUAGAGCGACGGAUUGAAGCAGUACCUCGGAUUAUGCAUGAACCUCGUCUUUUGAGUUCUGAACCCUCACAUUAUAUUCUGGAACCUCAACAACCGUACCAUUAUCGUUUUAAAGCUGUUGAUGAUGUCAAAACUUUAGAAGACGAAAUUGCUUGUCAAGACCCUGGACUUAGGCGCCAUCCUCGUGAAUCUCUCCGAGCUUUCCUCCUGUCCUCAUUGGCAGCUCCACUCGAUGGGCGUGGCCAGAAAUUGGUGCAUCAAUUCUGCGAUACAUAUGAAUUCGCCCGUCAUCAUCCAGGAGAGUUUGGGGAGGAUGAAUAUCAGGCCUAUAGCAGACUUUUAAUGAAGUUGCUUGACGCAGCCCGUUUGCUGAAGAGUGUAUGUCGUGGAGUGGGAGUGUCUGUGUGUGGCAGUCCACAACGACGCGUAGCGCGACUGUUAGACGCGGCCAGAUUGCGCCCUACUGCUCCAAACAACCAUUACACAGCUCUGCAGAAUAUGCCCGCAGACUCGAAGUUGGAGGAGGAAGUGAUCAGAGUGACAACGAAGAUGGCCACCGAGACGAGUCGAGACGAGACCGCCGUCUGAACCGUGCGAGCUCGUCAUUCUGCACAGACUCUGUAGGCUGACGAGCUCGUAACUUGAGGAACAAUGACUUUGUCGAUAGUGAACAUGAAGCUGUUAUGUGAAUUGUGAGCGUAUUGAAUUGAGGGACUGGUCGUAUUAUGAUGGAACUCUUAUAUAUCUGUACUGAACCCUAAAAUGCUGAUACCCUCGAACCGCUGACUAGAUGGUCCGAGGUAGAGACUUCAUAGGAGACCGGAGAACAGUCAGUAGAGAGUGAACUGUCUUAGAGUAGGGGUGCGGCUGCCGGGAUUGCUCUGAGAGCUAUCAUCCAUAUUGUGUAAAUCAAAUAAAUUGUUCGUAUCCUAAAAGUUUCCUUUUUUUAAAACGACCUCAGAGUUAAUUCCCAUAACAGAACCAUCCCAUGGAUAAGACAAGUAAAACAUUGCAUUAAUAAUUUAUUUUAAUGAAAUAAGCGGGAGGAAAAUUGUCUGGAAGAACUAGACGUCUCCAGAAGACUCCACUAUUUGCCUACGUAGGAUUACCGAGUUUUUCAGUAACGUUGCGAGGAAAAAGCGUGACAAUCUCGAUAAACUACCACCGGCAAAGUGGAAGGAAAGAAGCCUAAGGG